CCUUUCCCCUCACUCUCUCCCACGUCUCUCUCUUGCUCUCUUCCUUUCACCUGGUUUCACCACCUCAAAAACCACCACCCCCCCUUUCAGAAACAAAGAGUGAAAGCUAGAAAGAAAAGCAUAUCAAGGAGAGGAAGAGGAAGAAGAAGGAGGCAAAAGGGGUGCUGCCAAUUUCCGUCCAGCAGCGAGACAGCCUGUGAGAAGGACGAUUCCGGACAAUCAAACAGUUGGAUCGUCCUGAGAUUUGCAGGUUGGGUUUCAUACUUCUUUGGCUACGAUUUGACCGUUGGGAUCAUCGAUAUGAUCUCUGGUUCAUCGAGGAAAGUCGCUGGACAGAAGGGGUGCGAUACUGUUUUUCUGUAGCAGGACAGCAGAUUAGAGGUAAGGAUCAAGCCGGGGGCUCAUCCAAAGGCAAGGGCAUAGCCGAGUGAAGACAAAGCUAUCAAGAUCAGAAGUAAGGUCUGUACUGUAGAUAUCGGGACUCAAGCGUGAAGGGAAGCCAUGAGGUGGGCGGAGGACUCCGAACUCCUUAAAUGUUUUAUGUUGUGUGGAUUUUGUAAUAAAGCGGACUUCCCCGGUUUUCUGUUUUGACUCUGAUGAAAAUGUAAAUUAUGGUUUGAAGUUUGAGAAAAAAAAAUAUAUGUAGAGCUCGGGCCCGAGAAUGUUUAAACUCGAUGUAUUUUACUGUUUCGUUGUGUAAUAUAAAGUAAGGGUUUCACAGAG